AUGAGCACUAAAACGGAAAGGGAAAGAUUAGGUACAUACGGAGUAGUUCCAUGGUUAUGCCUUUUCCUGUCCUCAACCUUGGAACUAUACGUAAGAACGACCUGCUUUUCGAAAUCCAAAUUCCCACUAUAUAUCACAUCCAGGGAAGUUUGA